UCUGUCCUCGAUGCCGUCAGCCUUGGCCAUCUUCACUUGUCGCCCGAACUCACACCCGUUUCAGGAGCGUCAUGUCUACCUGGACGAGCCUAUUAAAAUCGGCCGCUCGGUGGCCCGCUGUCGACCAGCGCAGAAUAAUGCUACCUUUGAUUGCAAAGUGCUGUCAAGGAACCAUGCUCUCGUCUGGUUUGAUCACAAGACGGGCAAGUUUUAUCUCCAAGACACUAAAAGUAGUAAUGGUACCUUUAUAAAUAGUCAGAGAUUGAGUCGAGGCUCUGAAGAAAGUCCACCAUGUGAAAUUCUUUCUGGUGACAUUAUCCAGUUUGGGGUAGAUGUGACGGAGAACACACGGAAAGGUACGGUUACCCAUGGGUGUAUUGUUUCCACAAUAAAACUUUUUCUACCAGAUGGUAUGGAAGCCCGGCUCCGCUCAGAUGUCAUCCAUGCUCCAUUACCAAGUCCUGUUGACAAAGUUGCUGCUAACACUCCAAGUAUGUACUCUCAGGAACUAUUCCAGCUUUCUCAGUAUCUUCAGGAAGCCUUACAUCGGGAACAGAUGUUGGAACAGAAGUUAGCCACGCUUCAGCGGCUACUAGCCAUCACCCAAGAGGCUUCAGAUACCAGUUGGCAGGCUUUAAUAGAUGAAGAUAGACUCUUAUCACGGUUAGAGGUUAUGGGAAACCAAUUACAGGCUUGCUCCAAAAAUCAAACAGAAGAUAGUUUACGGAAGGAACUUAUAGCAUUACAGGAGGAUAAACACAACUAUGAGACGACAGCCAAAGAGUCCCUGAGGCGGGUUCUUCAGGAGAAAAUUGAAGUGGUUAGAAAACUUUCAGAAGUUGAGCGAAGUCUGAGUAAUACUGAAGAUGAAUGUACCCACCUGAAAGAAAUGAAUGAACGGACUCAGGAAGAAUUAAGAGAAUUAGCCAAUAAAUAUAAUGGAGCAGUUAAUGAGAUUAAAGAUUUAUCUGAUAAAUUAAAGGUAGCAGAGGGAAAGCAAGAGGAAAUCCAACAGAAGGGACAAGCUGAGAAAAAAGAAUUACAACAUAAAAUAGAUGAAAUGGAAGAAAAAGAACAGGAGCUCCAGGCAAAAAUAGAAGCUUUGCAAGCUGAUAAUGACUUCACCAAUGAAAGGCUAACAGCUUUACAAGUACGGUUAGAACAUCUUCAAGAGAAAACUCUUAAAGAAUGCAGCAGCUUAGGGAUACAAGUUGAUGACUUCUUACCUAAAAUAAAUGGGAGCACAGAAAAAGAGCACUUGCUUUCAAAGAGUGGCGGGGACUGCACUUUUAUUCAUCAAUUCAUAGAAUGCCAGAAGAAGCUGAUCGUCGAGGGGCAUCUAACCAAAGUGGUAGAAGAAACAAAGCUUUCAAAAGGUUCGUUUUCUGUGGGUUUCUGUGGCAUUUUUCUGUGGGUUUUGACAACUCUUUUGGAUAAUGAAGAGAACCAGGCAAGAGCAAAGGAAUCUGAUUUAUCAGAUACUCUGAGUCCAAGCAAGGAGAAAAGUAGUGACGACACUACAGAUGCCCAAAUGGAUGAGCAAGACCUAAAUGAACCCUUUGCUAAAGUGUCCCUAUUAAAAGAUGACUUGCAGGGUGCACAGUCAGAAACUGAGGCAAAACAAGAAAUUCAGCAUCUUCGGAAGGAAUUGAUUGAAGCCCAGGAACUAGCUAGAGCAAGUAAACAAAAAUGCUUUGAACUUCAAGCUCUUUUGGAAGAAGAAAGAAAAGCCUAUCGAAAUCAAGUUGAGGAAUCCAGUAAACAAAUACAGGUUCUUCAAGCCCAACUGCAGAGGUUACACAUCAAUAUUGAGAAUCUCCGGGAGGAGAAGGACAGUGAAAUCACAAGCACUCGAGAUGAAUUGCUUAGUGCCCGAGAUGAAAUUUUACUCCUUCAUCAAGCAGCAGAAAAGGCUGCCUCUGAGCGGGACACUGACAUUGCUUCUCUACAAGAAGAGCUUAAGAAAGUGCGAGCCGAGCUUGAGCGGUGGCGGAAAGCAGCAUCUGAAUAUGAGAAAGAAAUCAUGAGUUUGCAAAAUACUUUUCAGCUUCGAUGUCAGCAAUGUGAGGACCAGCAGAGAGAAGAAGCAACGAGGCUACAAGGUGAACUAGAGAAGUUGAGAAAGGAAUGGAAUGUAUUGGAAGCCGAAUGCCGUUCUCUAAAAAAGGAAAAUGUUUUGCUAUCAUCAGAACUGCAGCGGCAAGAAAAAGAAUUGCACAAUUCUCAGAAGCAGAGUUUAGAGCUUACCAGUGAUCUCAGCAUCCUGCAGAUGACUAGGAAAGAGCUUGAGAAUCAAGUGGGAUCCUUGAAAGAACAGCAUCUUCGGGAUUCAGCUGAUUUAAAAACUCUUCUCAGUAAGGCUGAAAACCAAGCAAAGGAUGUACAGAAAGAGUAUGAAAAGACACAGACUGUACUCUCAGAACUGAAGUUGAAGUUUGAAAUGACUGAGCAGGAAAAACAAUCAAUCACAGAUGAGCUCAAACAAUGUAAAGACAACCUGAAGCUGCUCCGAGAGAAAGGAAAUAAUCCUUCCAUAUUACAACCCGUCCCAGCCGUAUUCAUCGGCCUAUUCCUGGCUUUCCUGUUUUGGUGUUUCGGUCCAUUGUGGUAGAGAAAGAAACCCUGGCCCUGGAUGCCCAUGUUGGCUGCCCUGGUCGCGGUGACAGCCAUCGUGCUGUACGUGCCAGGUCUGGCCAGAGCUUCUCCAUGAGAGCGUUUCUUGAGUCCGUACACCGUCCUCCCUCUAGAAGCUGGCACCACACUCAUGCUGGGGACAAACAGAACCAUUUUCUUCCUUUUUACCUCUUAAAACAGCAGAAGUGCAAGAAUACAGCUGUAGGGUCAUUGCUUUAAAUUAUACAAAAUGUAUCUGUCUAUAAAGAGGGUAUAAAAUUGUGACUUUAUUCUACUGUAAGCAAUAAUUUGCUUGCAAUUUUUCAUGUAAUUUUUAAAUUAGUAUGUUGAAAUUCUGAAUAUUAUGGUGGCCUAAAGUAGGCUUCUUGGUACACCAAAUUAUUUAUAACAUUAAAUUUAUGGGUAUUUUACUCUGAAUUCUAAUGGCCAGAUAAUUCAUUUUUUUGAUUCGAUAACUACCCAAACCAAACAACUGAUACAUACAUGGGAAGAGAGGCCCUGUGUGCUCAGUGCCUAUCAGUUUGAAUAUAUACACAUAUAUAUAUAUAUUUUUUACAUAUUUACGCCAUUUUUACUUGUUAUAAAACCACUGAGCUAUUGGGAACAAGACUUAGAGACAACUAUUUGCGUGGAUUUUUUUUUUUUUUUUUUAAGGAGAAAUACACUUGGAAAAUACUCUGUUCUAGUGAUAAUUUGGGGAAUAUGUGCACGUUUGUUCAGCCUUAAUGUGACUUGACGAUGUGGAGGACAUCAACUUUGAAAAACUUUCCAUGAGAGUGUGUAUUUUCUUGAGCAAACUGAAGUAUUUCUGGGAGCAAAAACAUAGUAAUUAUACAGUUUCAGUGCAGUAAACCAAACUGUUGAGUCAAUUGGAAUGUAAUUUAUUAAACCUCAUGUAUUUAAAGAGAUAUUUUCUUUAAAAGCCAAGUUACUUUCUCAUAUACAGCAUUUUAGGAAGCAUGACUUUUUUUUUCCUAUCAUCUCUUCCUCCAAGCAUGUUUAAUUGAAGAAAGAGAAUUAAUAUCUCUUUAGAUAAGCUUUUACUGACUUAAUUUGGUUAAUGAUAUUUCAAAGCUAAUUCAUGUUCGAGGGGAGCAGUUGUUACCUACCAACAGAUUUCCUGGUUGGGGAGGCAAAUGGUUAUUUUCUUUUUAUUGUUGUUAAUUGGGACGUUCUGUUAAUGAGAAGCACUAUUCCCAAGAUUAAUAGUGUUCCAUGCACAGUAAAGCACCUAAACACUGCUUGAUGUUACAAAUUUAAAACACGGAAGUGAAGGUUUAGCUAUGGUUUUUGUGCGGCACCACAGUUAUGUCAAUGAAGUUUAUUUAGGUCAUAGAAUAUCCUAAAGUAUCACAUAGUUAAAUUUUUCAGUCAAUGAAAACUGGGAGGGAAUGUCAGUGAAUUGGCUUGAGUGUUCUGUGGCAAUCCACAGGCCUGGCCAAAUAUUGAAAUAGAAGUUUAGGAUAUAAUUUGCCUUGUGAUGUUUGGCAGUCAUUGUUUAUACUUUAAAGGUUAUAUUUUAAGCCAUUUGGGGUUUGCUGUUGGGAGGAUCACUAGAUUUAUGGAGGAAUUAGUCACAAAUGACUUGUAGAAAAUACUGUCAUAUAGUUCAUUUCAUCAUUUUCUGUUGCAGGAAGCCACUCCACCACAGAAUGCUAAUAUGCCAGUGGUACCCAGUACCUCCUGUAUAUAGGUUAUUGCAAAUAUUGUUCUGAAAUGCUUAACUUCAGAAUUACAUUUUUUAAAGUAAAUAAUUGUUUUAAAUCUAUUUUGUAAAGAUAUAAAGUACAAUAGAAUUUCUGGAGUACAGAUUAAACUAUUUGCACUAACACACGUGAUGUGCAUGAUUUAAUAAAAUAACUUUACUCUCCCUAUGCA